AUGCUCGCUGUCUUGGUAGCUUGCGGGUUCACGGGUCUGUGUGCGACAUUUCAGUCUAGUCUGAUCGCCACUUGUAUCGGUCACACAAUGGUGUUCGGCUCCAGUGCCAAAGCGUACAUCGGUUUGGUUGGUGUGUUCGUUGGAAUCGGUCAAAUCCUUGGCAGUCUUCUAGUCCAACUACGACGUUGGAUCCCGUCCACUGGACUACUCACAAUUUUCGGCUACCCAUGUGCUCUGCUUAGCUCGUUUCUCUGUCUGAUCAUGCUUCCGGCUGAUAGUCCCAUGCGCGACACAAGUGCGCCCACAUAUUUCACUCCGAAGUAA